UCUCGAAAAAUGCCUACUUUAUUUAUAUAAUAAUAUAUUAGAUUUGAAACGAAGGUAGUAUAUCACUAAAAUCCAACAUAGAAGUAGAUCAUCCAGAAAAUCUAUACACACCAUAAUACCAAAUAUACAUCUCCCCAAAAUCCAAAUACGCGUAUAUUUUACACGAUUUACUUGUAUCUAAUUUAUUGCUCCCUAUUAUUUAUAUAUAAAAAAAAAUCUUCUAGAAGGGCAAAAUAAUUAUAUAAUUCUUUUAUUUUUAUUUUUAAAAAUGAGUUGGAUUAAAAAAGAAAGCCAGAUUUGCGUGAUUUUCUUUAUCUUUUGCCUUAUUCUCUUCUAAUACCAUACUUAUAGGCAAUUUCAGCUGUUUUUACACAGCACACAUUCUGUUGCCUCUCUCUCCGAUUACUUCUCUCUGGUCGUUGUGUUGUGUUGUGUUGAACUCAUACAAAUUAUAUACCACAUUCCCAACAAAUAAACGCUACCCCACAUCACAGUAACCCGUAACCUGUAACCCAAAACAAAUUCUUGUAUCACGGUCUCAUUUCUCCAUCCGGAGAUACCCAAUUAUCAUCCCCUUUAAUCCUUCUCCAUCACGUCAACCUUUGUUUUUUUUUUUUUUUAUUUUUUUUUAUUAAAACCCCACUUCACUGAUUUUGCAUCAUAUUAAUUCUCCCUCAAGAAAAAUAAAAUUAGAAAUUUUAGAGAGAGAGAGAGAGAAAAUACAGAGAAAUAUGGGAGAUGAAGAACGAACUAGAAAUAGUAGUAAUGGUAAUAACAGAGAAGUUGAGCAAAAAGUUGCAUUCUAUAAACUGUUUAGUUUUGCUGAUAAAUGGGAUAUAAUAUUGAUGAUUGUUGGAAGUAUUUCCGCCAUUGCUAAUGGAGUUGCGCAGCCAUUGAUGACUCUUAUUUUGGGUCAGAUUAUUAAUUCUUUCGGUAGCACCGAUGCCGAACAUGUUGUUCAUGAAGUUUCUAAGGUAUCCUUGAGGUUUUUAUACCUGGCAAUAUAUACUGGCAUAGCUUGCUUCCUACAGGUAACAUGCUGGAUUGUAACUGGAGAAAGGCAAGCAGCAAAAAUUCGAGGCCUUUACCUGAAGACAAUUCUAAGGCAGGAUAUAGCUUUCUUUGAUACCGAAACAACUACAGGAGAAGUCAUCAGUAGGAUGUCAGGGGACACUGUACUCAUUCAGGAUGCCAUGGGCGAGAAAGUUGGCAAGUUUAUACAGUUAAUGGCAACGUUUGUUGGUGGGUUUGCCAUUGCCUUUAUAAAAGGUUGGCUUUUAGCCUUAGUUUUGCUAGCAUGCAUCCCAGCCCUUGUUAUAUCUGGUGCUACCAUGGCAAUGUUGAUGAUGAGAAUGUCAAGUCGAGCCCAAAUGGCCUACGCUGAGGCUGGAAAUGUUGUUGAGCAGACUGUUGGUGCUAUCAGAACAGUUGCAUCGUUUACAGGUGAAAAAGAUGCAAUAAAAAAAUAUGAUAACAAGCUUAUAAUUGCGUAUAAAGCUGCUGUUAAGCAAGGGUUAGCCUCAGGAUUAGGGCUUGGUGCCUUAAUUUUCAUAAUAUUGUCUACAUAUGCUCUUGCUGUCUGGUAUGGAGGGAAACUUAUCAUAGAAAAAAAUUACAAUGGUGGACAAGUCCUCAAUGUAAUUAUGGCCAUGAUGACUGGUGGAAUGUCACUAGGACAGACAUCUCCGUGUCUGAAUGCAUUUGCAGCAGGACAAGCAGCAGCAUACAAGAUGUUUGAGGCAAUACAUAGGUCACCAAAAAUAGAUGCCUCAAGCACUGAAGGCAUUGUAUUGGAAGAUAUCAGGGGUGAAAUUGAGCUAAAAAAUGUUGAUUUUCGGUACCCAGCAAGGCCUGAUGUGCUGAUUUUUUCCGGAUUUAAUUUGCAUAUUUCUAGUGGAACAACUGUUGCUCUAGUUGGACAAAGUGGGAGUGGAAAAUCUACAGUCGUUAGCCUCAUCGAGAGAUUCUAUGAUCCUGAUUCAGGUGAGGUUCUCAUUGAUGGUGUUAAUUUGAAGCAGCUUCAGUUAGCUUGGAUUAGACAGAAGAUUGGAUUAGUGAGUCAGGAACCUGUACUCUUUACUACCACUUUAAGAGAAAACAUAGCAUAUGGGAAGGAAGGUGCCACUGAUGCUGAAAUUAGGACUGCUAUUGAGCUUGCUAAUGCUGCCAAAUUUAUUGAUAAGCUUCCAAAGGGUUUGGACACUAUGGUUGGGGAGAGAGGAACCCAACUUUCUGGUGGUCAGAAGCAAAGAAUAGCCAUUGCACGAGCUAUUCUGAAAAACCCAAGAAUUCUCCUCCUAGACGAGGCUACUAGUGCCCUUGAUGCUGAAUCUGAACGCAUUGUACAAGAUGCACUUGACAGAAUUAUGUCAAAUAGGACUACUGUCAUUGUUGCACAUCGAUUGACUACCAUCAAGAAUGCUGGCACGAUAGCAGUCGUUCAUCAAGGGAAAAUCAUUGAGAAAGGUUCCCAUGAGGAGUUGAUCAAAGACCCCGAAGGGGGUUACUCGCAACUGGUGAGACUUCAAGAAGGGGCCAGAGAACAAGAAGCUGCCCUUAUGGAUCCUAGUAGUCUUGAGAUGAAUCAAAAUCUUGAAAGGACAAUGAGUAGAUCAGCAAGUCAAAGAUAUUCUAUAAGGAGAUCAAGAAGUAGAGGUUCCUCCAGUGGAAGGCAUUCCAUUUCCAUCAGCUUUAGUGUCCCUGGUCCUGUAAAUAUUCAAGAGACUAACGAAGGGAAUUUUUAUGGUGAUGGUGAUGACUACGAGAAAACAAAAAAACCCGAUGAAGAAGCAAAAAGGGAGAAGAGUAGGAGUGUUUCCAUGAGACGUUUGGCUUACUUAAAUAAGCCAGAAAUUCCAAUCUUGCUGCUUGGAAGCCUUGCUGCUUCAGUGCAUGGGAUUAUCUUUCCUAUUUUUGGAUACCUUAUUUCCUCAGUCAUCAAAAUAUUCUAUGAAUCAGCUCAUUUGCUUCGCAAGGAUUCAAGAAAAUGGGCACUUAUUUACAUGUCUUUAGGUAUUGCUAGUUUUAUAGCAAUACCUUUUCAGAAUUUAUGUUUCGCAAUUGCAGGAGGUAAAUUGAUUCGAAGGAUCCGUUUCAUGACCUUUGAAAAGGUUGUUCACCAAGAAAUUAAAUGGUUUGAUGAUCCUGCAAAUUCAAGUGGAGCACUGGGCGCAAGGUUGGCAACAGAUGCAGCAAAUGUUAGGAGCCUUGUAGGGGAUCAGUUGGCCUUAGUUAUGCAGAAUAUAGCAACAGUGGUCGCUGGUUUAGUAAUAGCUUUCACAGCUAAUUGGAUUCUAGCUCUCAUUAUUCUAGCUGUGGCACCCCUUAUGUUUCUUCAGGGGUACCUUCAAGCAAAAUUCAUGAAGGGAUUUAGUGCAGAUGCUAAGAUAAUGUAUGAAGAUGCAAGUCAGGUUGCAAAUGAUGCAGUUGGGAGCAUCAGAACAGUUGCAUCCUUCUGUGCAGAGAAAAAGGUGAUGGAUUUGUAUCAGAAGAAAUGUGAGGCUCCAGUAAAACAUGGUGUUCGUUUAGGGCUCAUUAGUGGUUUAGGAUUUGGUUUCUCUUUCCUUGCCCUUUAUUGCACAAAUGCAUUCUGCUUUUACAUCGGGGCAAUCCUUAUUCAUCAUGGUAAAGCUACAUUUGCAGAAGUUUUCAAGGUUUUCUUUGCAUUAACAAUCUCAGCGGUCGGUUUAUCCCAAAGCAGCAGCAUGGCUAUGGACAGGAACAAAGCCAAGGACUCUGCUGUCUCGAUCUUUAAGAUUAUUGAUAGUAAGCCUAGCAUUGACUCAAGCAGCGAAGCUGGGAUAACACAAGAAACUGUCAAGGGUGAUAUCGAGUUCAGUCAUGUUAGCUUCAGAUAUCCAACUCGGCCAGAUAUCCAAAUAUUCAGUGACUUGAGUUUGUUUAUUCCAUCUACAAAGACUGUUGCACUUGUGGGAGAAAGUGGAAGUGGGAAAUCGACAGUGAUCAGCAUGAUUGAGAGGUUCUAUGAACCAGACAAAGGUCGAGUGUUCCUAGACGGGGUAGAGAUUCAGAAGUUCAAAUUAAGUUGGCUAAGACAACAGAUGGGGUUAGUGAGUCAAGAGCCAGUACUCUUCAAUGAGAGCAUCCGUGCCAACAUAGCCUACGGAAAGGAAGGAGGUGCCAAUGAGAAUGAGAUCAUUGAAGCUGCAAAAGCCGCCAAUGCACACAACUUCAUCUCAGGAUUGCCACAAGGUUAUGACACCUCAGUGGGAGAAAGAGGGGUGCAGUUGUCAGGGGGGCAGAAGCAAAGGAUAGCCAUUGCACGGGCGAUUCUAAAGAAUCCUAAGAUUCUGUUGCUUGAUGAAGCCACUAGUGCUCUAGACGCUGAGUCUGAACGCAUCGUGCAAGAUGCUUUAGAUAGUGUAAUGGUGCAUCGGACAACUGUGGUUGUCGCUCAUCGGUUAGUCACAGUCAAGAAUGCUGAUAUAAUAGCUGUAGUCAAGAAUGGGGUGAUUGCUGAAAAGGGUAAACAUGAUGAGCUCAUGAAAAUACCUGAAGGUGCUUAUGCUUCACUAGUUGCUCUUCAUGCUAGUGCUGCUUCAACCUUAUAGAGUUUAGUUAGGAUGCUAAUCCUGCAAAGUUUAUGUAAACAUUAGAAAACAUAGAAAAUGUGUUGGUGGUUAACCUUGAUUCAAAAUUUGUCUUUCCUGUAAAUUUUUUUUCCACUCUUUAAUCCUAAUUCCUGAUACAUACAGAGAAAUAUUUCAUUCGCCUUUCAUAGGCAAGCUUGGAAAUA